UGGGGUGCGGGAUUUGAGGGGCGGGGACAGAUGGCGUUUGGAAAGCUUUUUCCAGAAACUCUCCGGAGCUCAGCUCGAUCUGUGAGACCGCCCCAAAGGAUUUCUCAGAGAAAGCACCCCAGCAAUUCUUUUCUUGCCGACUUUGCUCUUCCUCUCCCGGCGCGGGGACCCACAUACCGCGUGCUCCGAAGGCGGCCGCACACCCCAGCACCCAGUCUCAGUGCCGCCCUCCCGCCUGCCCUCUCCCGGAGGAGAGCGACUCUAGCCCCCGCUUUCUAGAGCGCGGGUCCUAAGAGAGCGCUACGUGUAGCGACCCUGAAUCCCCUCGUGACGCUUCUUGUAGAAUGGGAUGGAAAUCUGGGGGAAAUCGCCUUGCCACUGUCAAGAACAGAAUUUAUCCUUGCCGUCGUCUUCAUCCUCCUUUUCAUAUUGUCUUAAUUUCCCCCGUGCACCUCGGAGCCGGCUGGCAGGACCGGCACUCGGAGCCUGAAGAGCCCAUCAAGGCUCUGCAGAGCUAAUUGCCCCAGACACUGCUCGAUGCCCGAGGAGUGGGUUCCACUUGGCAGGGAUUAUUUUAAACUGCUCCCAGCAAUUCAGAAGACUUCCGACAUCGGCAGCCCUGCCCGCGCAGUACCCGCCAGAGGCGAAACAGAUUAUGUCUACUUUGAGAAUUCCUCCAGCAAUCCAUACCUCAUCAGAAGGAUAGAAGAACUCAACAAGACUGCAACUGGCAACGUGGAAGCAAAAGUAGUGUGCUUUUAUAGACGACGAGAUAUUUCCAACACGCUUAUAAUGCUUGCAGACAAGCAUGCUAAAGAAAUUGAGGAAGAAUCUGAAACAACAAUUGAGGCUGACUUGACCGAUAAACAGAAACAUCAGCUGAAACAUAGGGAACUCUUUUUGUCACGCCAGUAUGAAUCUCUGCCUGCAACACAUAUCAGGGGGAAAUGCAGUGUUGCCCUUCUGAAUGAGACAGAGUCAGUAUUGUCGUAUCUAGAUAAAGAGGAUACCUUUUUCUACUCAUUGGUCUAUGACCCCUCAGUGAAAACACUAUUAGCUGACAAAGGUGAAAUCAGAGUGGGACCUAGAUAUCAAGCAGACAUUCCGGAAAUGCUCUUAGAAGGAGAAUCCGAUGAGAGGGAGCAGUCAAAAUUGGAAGUGAAAGUUUGGGACCCAAAUAGCCCACUUACAGAUCGACAGAUUGACCAGUUUUUAGUUGUAGCACGUGCUGUUGGGACAUUCGCUCGAGCCCUUGAUUGCAGCAGUUCUGUAAGGCAGCCUAGUUUGCAUAUGAGUGCAGCUGCAGCUUCUCGAGACAUCACUCUGUUUCAUGCUAUGGAUACGUUGUAUAGGCACAGCUAUGAUCUGAGCAGCGCAAUUAGUGUCUUAGUACCACUUGGGGGACCCGUUUUAUGCAGAGAUGAAAUGGAAGAAUGGUCGGCCUCUGAAGCUAGUUUAUUUGAAGAGGCACUGGAAAAAUAUGGCAAAGAUUUCAACGACAUACGCCAAGACUUUCUCCCUUGGAAAUCGUUGACUAGCAUCAUUGAAUAUUAUUACAUGUGGAAAACUACUGACAGAUACGUGCAGCAGAAACGUCUAAAAGCAGCAGAAGCUGAGAGUAAACUGAAACAAGUGUAUAUCCCAACUUACAGCAAACCAAAUCCCAAUCAGAUAUCCACCAGCAAUGGCAAACCAGGUGCUGUGAAUGGAGCCGUGGGAACCACGUUCCAGCCACAGAAUCCUCUCCUUGGGCGAGCCUGUGAGAGCUGCUAUGCUACACAGUCGCAUCAGUGGUAUUCUUGGGGCCCACCUAAUAUGCAGUGUAGAUUAUGUGCAACCUGUUGGCUCUAUUGGAAAAAAUAUGGAGGCUUGAAAAUGCCCACCCAGUCAGAAGAGGAGAAGUUAUCUCCCAGCCCAGCUGCAGAGGACCCUCGCGUUAGAAGUCACAUGUCUCGCCAGGCCAUGCAGGGGAUGCCGGUCCGAAACACUGGGAGCCCCAAGUCUGCAGUGAAGACCCGCCAAGCUUUCUUCCUUCACACUACAUAUUUCACAAAAUUUGCUCGUCAGGUCUGCAAAAAUACCCUCCGGCUGCGGCAGGCAGCAAGACGGCCGUUUGUUCCUAUUAAUUAUGCUGCCAUUAGGGCAGAAUAUGCAGACAGACAUGCGGAACUAUCUGGAAGUCCACUGAAAAGCAAAAGCACUAGGAAACCUUUGGCAUGUAUCAUUGGGUAUUUAGAGAUCCAUCCUUCGAAGAAACCUAAUGUAAUUCGGUCGACACCAAGCCUGCAAACCCCAACUACCAAGCGGAUGCUAACCACCCCGAAUCACACGUCUCUGAGCAUUUUGGGGAAAAGAAACUACAGUCAUCACAAUGGCCUGGAUGAAAGGCUCAUGAAGUGAAGGCGCAGCUCUGCUCUAUCCUGCAGACCUUCCUCAGGAUGGCGGGAGGCUGUGAAGGUGAGCGUCCCUGUGCCUCUCUUGGCUGUGGAGUGGCGUGCGUGAUGGGAGAGAGGACCUGAGGGCUGCCUUGGCCCGAGCACCUGGUCCCAUAUCAGCAGACACCCCCCACUUCCCUCCUAGCCACUUUCCUAAUGACCAAGCACAAGUUUUCACAACCUGCUGUGUAAUAGCAGAUGGUGACAGUGUUAUUUGCCAACCACUUCUCCUUUCUCAUUUACUUGUUUCUACUGAGAAUCUGCAGGUGCCCAGCUCUGGGUCAGGGAGAGGUAAAGGUUUGGGGGGAGGUGGAGUGGGUGGGCAUGAGGGGCACUGUGACACUGUGACACUGUGGGUAUUUGAGGUCACUCCACUCCUACAGAAAAAUGUGUGCCUAGCCUCUGAGUGCCCACAUCAUUAUGAUUCAUUAUGGUGACCUCAGACCGGGGUGUGCCUUCUCCAGGCCAGUUGUGUUCUGCAUUCCUUAGCAUCCGGACAGGAAAGUUCCAUGAUGUUGCUCUGAUAAGCGUGGAAGCACUUGCCUGGUAUGUUGUGGUCCCUUGCCAGUGACUGCUAAACCUGCCCAUCCAAAUCCCAGCUUUUAAGAGACUUCAGUGUCAUUCAUGUAUUUUCUUGGCCUCAAUUAAACUUUCCUUUGGUCCAGCCUCAAACUACGUUGCAAGCUUUUAUUUGAAUUAGUGCCCAACCUCCUUUCCUUCAAGGUUGUGAUGGUGGUGGUGGGCUAGUAGAUUGCAUCCUUCCUCUCACCUUGCCUUCACCAUCGGAACUUGUUUAACUUCAACGCUGUUUCUUUCCUUUUCCAGAACUCACAUGCUGCGUGUCAGACUGAGCUGUCCCUAUUUAAUCCUAUAAUCCAAGACUUGCUACACUGUCCUGCUGAUGUUCACAGCCAUGCCUGGGAAGGAGGCAACCCCAUCCCCAGUCCAUUUCAGUGGGAGACCUCUGCGUGCACCCCACGGAGACUUGAUGGGGCAAGGAAAGAAAUGGUGGGAGUGCACGUCCCCAAAGCUGCGUCUCCAUGUGUGAAUCAGUGUCCCCUCGCUUUCCUCUCGGAGACCUCGAUGCCCCAGAGCGGGACCUGCCUGGGGAGUCGAGGGGGUAGGGGAGCCACUGCGUGUCCCCUCUCCUCCUGAGCUCUGCACCCAGGCACCAUAGCUCCUGGGGCAGUGGGGCUGCUGUGUGCUCAGCUCUGUCACAUGUCAGCUGUGUGAGUGUGUACAGAAGGGACAUGGCAUCCUUCUGAAUGGAUUUUUCUUAAGACAUGUGCCAGUGUUUAUGCAGUUAAUGAUACUCCCUUGUCCUUGCUGUUACUGUCACUUGGCUUUUCCUCAAUAGACUUCACACUUAUUUUUUUUAAUGGGGAAAUUUUGUCCUUCUCCCUCUGCAUCCUGUAUUUGACCCCCUACCUCCACCCCACCAAGGUACAGAAUGACCUAUGGUUCUGACAAAAGAUAAGAAAAUUGUCUUUGGUAAGCUUGUGAACUCUUCGUAUCAUCUGUAUUGUGUCGUUGGAGAGAGACUGGGGUUCUGCUUGGUCCCAGACAGCUCCAGCAAGAGCAGGUGUGAAGCUGGAUCGAGUGUGUAUAUCACUGCGACCAGCCACUGGGUACCGCCCUGUUCCUUCGCAGCCAAGCCAGCUGAUGAGGAGCUGCAGCCAGACUGGUCCUUCUCCGAGUCUCAUCCACCAGGUUGAUGUUAAGCAGAUGGAGUCUGUUUGGCUUAGAAGGGUGAAGUGGGAGAACUGUGUCUGCAGGUGAGUCUGUGUGUAUGACACCAUGAGCCCCCUCCCACCCUUCCAGCCCAAAUGUUUCUGUGAGCACAUGUGCCUGGGCCCCGGGAGACCUGCCUGCACCCGGUUUCUGCCAGCCCGGGUGCUUCCUGUCUGCCCUCAGCUCCGGCCCUUGUGCAGGCAUCACAGGCUGGCUGCUCUGCACUCCGUGCACACAGCAGGGAUAGGAAUGACUUAGUGCCCCACUGGCUCCCCGAGCAGAUGUGAGUCUGGCCACUCCUCUGCCUCUGUUUGCAGGGACAGGCUGCGGGGCACAGGUUCACAGCAGCAUGAAAGGUAAUUGAAGUCUGGCCUCCCAGCUGUCCCUGGGGUCUGCAGCUGGGAGGCAGCUGGGUGGCUAUACUAGAUGCCCCAGAUGGCUAGGUGGUUGCAAGACAGAGUGGCUCCAACUGAGUUGACUGCCCCUCCACCCCAGACAGAGGGAGGUACUCCUAAAAUGGCAAUGACACUCAAGAUGUCUAGGUCCUCGGAGGCGGGGUUCAGCUUAGCAGAGAGGAUGUGAUGUGUGAUGGCUGAAGGUGACGCUCGUGGCUUGAACUGCCUUUUUCUUUUCCAGUGUUGCAGUCAUCGUGGCUUCUCCUCUCAAGAGGGGUUGGUUCUCGUCUUAGGCUUUUGCAGGGUGAUCCCAGGGAUGUUCUCACCACUGCCAACUCUUGGAGCUGUUCUGGGUCUUGGCUUAGGGCCCCAUGGUGGGCCUGUGUCAGAGGUGCUCAGUGAGCCGGGCCGCGUGGCAGGCACUGCCCUCAGGGGCCCCUGUAGAAAAAACCCAGGGAGAUGGGGCAGCUGGCUCUCACGUGAUACGCCACAUGCCACGCAGCCAAGCUGUCUCCCUGGGCCCUGCCCUGGAUCUGUUGUGCACACAGACGUAGGUGGAAUGUUCCCUCACCCUUUCGCUUUCCUCUCCUGACCCACGUGCAAAGGUGACUGGUGGUCAUAGAAACAAUUAGCCACCCGUGACUCUGCUGCCUACAUUUUAGGGGACGCCCUCCUGACCCAGGCCAGGAGAUUUGGAGACCAGGGCCAGGCCGGGGCUGAGGGGAGAACAGGGAGGCCCAGCCUAGAUACAGUUCAAAUUUGGCUGUGGGACAAGUGGGCUCAUUUUGAGCCACAUGUACCAAGGCAGCUCUCCUUCACCUUGUAGUCAAAGCUCCUGUGUCUGCAGCCCCGUCCCCCUACGGAGAGGAUGUUGAUUAAGAUUUUACGCUCUCACUUCAUCUCUGGGAAGUGCCCCAGCCUGAACCUCCAGGGAAUGGAGGAAGGGCGCCAAGGAGCCUCUGAUACUUGCCUUUGUUUUCUGAGCAGUUGGCGCUAAGAGGAUUUCCCAGCCACCUCCUUUCUGGGGGCUACGGGAUCACCAUCGUGGGUGUCAGUGGAGUGUCACCGCUGUGAGCAGUGAGCUUGCUAGGUGACACGCAGAGCCUGUCUGCAUGGCCCGAAGCACACAUGCCCAGUGGUGCUGUGCUGAGCCUGGUCUGUGCUCUCUUGGAUGAGGACACAGAUGCCUGCAAGUCAUCUUCCCUCUCCUUCUCCAUCAUCACCCACACAUCCCUGAUUUCCUAGAGGUGGUGCAAGGGAGGAGGACACACUGGCUUUUUCAGCACGCCUCUCACAAUUCUACCUUGUCCACAGUCCAGCUUCUGUCAGUCAGCGUCCAAUCAGGAAAACAGAACCAGUCUAUAUAUUUAAAACACAGGAGUUUUUAAUCCAGGGAAUUGUUUAACACAGAAACAAGAAGAGUUGAGAUGCCAAACGGGGGCAUGAAGGGCAGCCUGGAGAUGGGGAGCAACAGCUGUUGGGACAUGGGACAGGACAUGUUACCAGAUCCUGGGGGACCAGGGCCACUGGGCAGGGCCUGGGACCACAGAGGACCUAUCUGGUGGGAGCUGGAGCUACGAGGAGGCAUGGUCCCCUGCCAGAAAUAUUCCCCUGGGCAGAGUGAGGAGAAAUAGCCUGGCUUCUCCCUUCCUCAUGCCCUCCAGAUUUCUGCAGGUGCCUCGUUAGCUAAACUGAGCUGGAAGCCUGCAGGCCUGGGAGCCUGGGACAGGCAACCUGCAGCAGUCAGCCCCUCCACCCCACCCCAACCGCUCAGAGCAGAGCAGGGGAGGGCAUGGGGCUGAUCAGAGGGUAAGCAGGCCCAAGAUGUGCAUGGCCUCGGUCCAGUCUAUGUCAUGUCCAAGUCUGGUGUUUAUGCCCGUGGUGUCCUAUGACCCCAGUAAGGAUAAGAGGAGGAGCUGCCCCCUUGAGUUUUUAUGGAUUCUCCUUCACUCUGCCUAGAGAGGAAAGUGCUUUUGGCCGGGUUGGGGUGGGGGAGCUUUAUUCUUAACAGUUGUCCAAGUUUCCCUUUGGGGGAAUUUAGCCCUUUAGCAGCCCCACCUCACCAUUCCCCUCAGGAAAGCUGUGUCCCAGUUUUCUGCCCACCCCUCCCCAUUCCUCUUCCCCCAACCCCUGGCUUUCCCUGCCAGAGAACACCAACCCAGACCAUGCAUCAGUGGUCAUGAGUGUUUCCCCAGGAUAAUUCAUUCAAAGCGUGGUAUUACGGCGUGGACCAUCUGUCUGUAAGUAGUCACCAUCUACUAAUCAAUUUGUAUUGUGUUUCCAAUAAAUUUCUGGAACUCCU